GUUGUUUUUGUAUUCCCUGAACCCCCCUUAUUUUUAAGCUGCUUUAAGAACAAUGAAUUUAUUUGAAAGAAAAAAAGUAAAAAUGCAUUUAAACAUUUUUUUUAAGAGUGAUUUUUUAAAGUAUAACUAUUUGGAUGAAUUGCAAAAAAGCACCCUUAUUGAACUCUGAGUGCGAGUUGAGCCCAUCCUCACAACAUCAAACAAAAAGUAGAAGAAGAAACUCAACGAAUAGCUGGUGGAUUCUAGAACUUUCUGUAAAUGCAGCAGGUGCCAUUUUUGUUUUAUCAACGGACGGAGAUGGAUUACGAACUUGCAAGUCCUGGUGUGCUCUGUUCACUUUCAACCGAGGAACUCUUAACAAAAAUACAAGAGUGGGGCUUAGAUGUCACCGAAGCUGAAGCUCAGCGUUUCAGAGACAAUGAGGUUGAUGGUGACACAGUUGACUGCGGUCUUACUGAGACUAUGGUUGCAUACCUUUUCCAAGGAUCCUUCAAAAAGCAGGUUAAAUUCAACCAAUUUGUGUCAAGGAUGAAGGAAUCUUCAGUGACGCUGACUCUACAGACUGUCUCUCCAGAAGACUGGCAACCAUCUACUUCGUCAACUUCAAUAAGGUAUCCCACAAAUUCUGAAUAUGUGCAAGCUGUGAAGACGCUGGUAAUGAAGUAUCCUUUCCUCAAGGAUCGUGAGGGAAAUGGUUAUGGACCAUGCGUCCAAGGAGAGGAUUUAUUAUCCAUAGACGCCCACUUAAAGGUCUUACAGUGCCAAUAUCAGAAGAUGCAACCAGAUACCAUGGUGGUUCAUAACCGUAUGCAGCAAACGUUUGCUUGGCGGCAAAAAGAAAUUGCAGAUGGUAUGCCUGUGGAGGAUGUGUUGAAGAAGUACCCUUCUUAG